CGGUCAGAUCCCAAAGCAAGUGAGUAAAGAAUGCUGUUGUUCUUUUCAGUCGUCUCUGACUCUUCGUUACCCCAUUUUGGGUUUUCUUGGCAAAGAGACGAGAGUGGUUUACCAUUUCCUUCUCCAGCUUAUUUUCUAGGAUUUCACUCUUUGAGGUAUUUCCAAACUUCCAUGACUUUGCCCGGGCUCCAGGAACCGCGGUUCAUUUCCGUGGGCUACGUGGACGACCAGCAGUUCGUGCGCUUCGACAGCCACAGCUCGAGUCAAAGGGAGGAGCACCUGGCGCCGUGGGUGGACAAGAUCGGCCAGGACCACGAGGAGAGGAACUCACGUAUCGUCAGGGAGACCGCGCACACUUUCCAAGUGGGCCUGCAGAACCUGCAGGCCUAUUACAAUCGGAGCGAGGGAGUUCACACCUAUCAGCGCUUGGUCGGCUGCGAGGCGUCUUCGGACGGGACCUUCCGGCGUGGGUUUGAGCAGUUCGCCUACGAUGGGCACGACUACAUCUCCUUGGAUCCGGAGACGCUGAGCUGGACCGCCGCAGAUACCGCGGCUGAGAACUCCAAGCGCAAGUGGGAGGCGGAACGCAGCAUCGCCCAGAGACAGAAGGUUUAUCUGCAGCAGAACUGCGUUGAGUGGUUGAAAAAGUACCUGGAGUACGGGAAGGAGACGCUGCAGCGGGCAGACCCGCCUUCUGCCAGAGUGACCCAUCACACUGAACCCAAUGGGGAGGUGACCCUUCGAUGCCGGGUCCAGGACUUUUACCCUGCAGACAUCUCCCUGACUUGGCUCAGGGAUGGGGAGGAACAGCUGCUAGAUACAGAGUCCAUUGAGACCAGGCCUGCAGGAGAUGGGACCUUUCAGAAGUGGGCAGCUGUGGGGAUGCCCUCGGGCCAGGAAGGGAGAUACAUCUGCCUGGUUCAGCAUGAAGGGCUGCCUGAGCCCCUCACCCUGAAAUGGGAGCCAGAGUCCUCCUCCAUCUGGGUCAUUGUGGGGGGCAUUGCUGUUGUCCUCCUCCUCAUUGCGGUCAUUGCUGGAGUUAUGAUCUGGAGGCACAAGAAGUCAGGUGGAAAAGGAGGGGACUAUGUUCAGGCUGCAGGCAGUGACGGUGCCCAGGGGUCAGAUGUCUCUCUUACAAUCAAAGCUUGAGAAAAUUGCCCUGUGAGAAAGAAAACAAGUAUAUUCAAGUCUCCAAUUCCUGUUGACCUCUGGCUUCUCUCUCCCGACACUGGCCUCUGUGAUCAUCUCUGUACUCUACUGGCCAGAUAGGAGAUGCUUCUUCUUGCCUAAAUCAUCCCAUUGUAGAGUACUGUGCAUGGGAGACUUGUGUUCUCUCUCUUCACAAGACUCACUGUUCCCCUGUGACUUACAAGUAGCAGUAUGGAAAUCUUUCUUUUGUAUCUGAUGAAUACUAAAAUUAGAGCCUCAGGCUCCCCAACGAAGCCAUCCCUCCCUCUCCCCCUCCUCCUCCCGCUCCGUUUCAGCUGCAGGGGCCUCGGAGCCAGGCUAAGCUGAGCAGAUGAAAACCCCAUACCCUGGCAUGGCACGGCUGGUUCGGAGGCCUCAGGCAUGCGUGGGGGGCACGAGCCCUGGGUAUAGUACACAUGGCUCCCUGGAGACCCCGACCAAGGCCCUAGGGGGGCUAAACAAUUAGCUUGAUGUGUGUGGGGACUUGGCCCUGGGGUUCCCAAGGAGAGAGGCCUUUUAUAUACCUGGGUAGUUAGAUUGUCAGGGAGGAUGCCAGAAAAA